GCUGUGGUCUCUGUCAACCCUUCAUAAAUUUUUUUCUUUUUUCCCCUGCUGCCUGAAUUAAAAGAAAAAAAAAAAACAUCUUGGAAGAAAAUCAGUGGACAAUGCUUCUUCUUCCAAAUUGACCUCGAACCCUCUCUUCCCUCCCUGCGUUUCGCAUUGCUUCUCCUCACGUCCACUCUCUGCACGUGAAAAGGAAGCCUCACUAUUCUGGUCAUCAAAACCUCUUCUACAAGAACACGUCAUUUCUGGAAUCGUGCACCAUGUUGAAACUUUCCCAACUUAUAGACGCCAAAGGGCGGGAUAGUUCCGAAGCCAUGAUAGAGUCAUACCGACAACCACCGCAGUCACCGUUGACCAACACCUCGUCGACACCGGUCUCUCCCGCCGUCUCUCUCUUCUCUGCCAAAGGACAUACCCGCUUUUCGAGUUCCGUGUCCUCUUUGGUCUCCUCGCCGGGCCAUAAUAACUCGAUGGAGAUCACGUCCAGGAAUCCCUUGACAGGAGUAAAGGAAGAAUCCUGUGGAGCCCCUGCUAGGGAUCUCGAGGAGGAUUAUUUCCAACACUUCGACCAAGAUCUGUCCGAGUUUGAGGGCCAGUACUUUGCCUCAGUCGACUACUCGGACGAGUACGAUCUCACGGAUGCCGGCAUGGACAUCCCUCAUUCACCCAAAAAGAGACGCUCGGAUAGUGUCUCCGCCAAGGGUCUGUCGCGGAUCGGUUCACGCAUAUCGACCAUUUCGAACCGUUGGAAGUCUAGACAGGGCUCCGAUGGUUUCGAUGCGUUGGAUGCCUUCUCGAUGCGGUCUCGCACCAAUUCCGCAUCCUCUAUCCUUGUCGGUCCCACUAUCGUUCCCGUUAGUCGAGUCAAUUCCGUCACCGUGCCACCUUCACCCGCCAGGACAAUCUUUGAAGAGCGACUCAGUGAGUCUGGGGCUUUACCCAUUGAUAUCGCAAAAGCAAAUCGUCACAGCCAGGAUAACGAUGACGCGAGCCCUAAAGCGACCACCCCCCUGCUACCUCCAUUCAUGGGCGACCAACCAACGUAUCCAGUGACAUCCCGAGUCCACUCCCCUUUGCAAUCGCCAUCCGUGGCGGACAUGUCGGAGGAUGCCUUUGACGGUGCAGCAUCCCGGGACUCACGGUUGGCCAGCCUGCCGUCGCCGCCGCUGUCUACCAGGCCUUCCAUUUCGUCAUUCAAUCGUCCGCGCGCGAGCACGGUACGACCAGCGUCGGUGGAUGCACCUCCCUAUUUUUUAUCAGACCCGAACGAUGAGUGGGCAAACAAGCUCGGUCAUGCCAAUUUUACAAUUCACCCGGAGCCGUACGUGCCCGAGAUGUACGAUCUCGAAUCUUUUCGUCAAUUACGAGCCCAGUGGGAUUUGGCACAAUGCAACUUCACCAAGCACCUUGUCCGAACGGGCGAGCAUUACGGGAUCACAUCCACAAUCUACAAGUUGACGCAGGAGAAGUGGGAUUGUAUCAAUAGUGAAUGGAAGCACCACCACGAGAUGAUGCUUUCCCAACUAGAGGCCAUAGAAGGACACCGUCUACACCUCACCGAGUCGCAGUGCGACCCGUGCGAACAGAUCAAGCUUCCACGCCUCCAUGAUGAGAAAUUCCCCGAGUUGGGCGAUGGAGAGAUUGUCGGGCCCAUGAAGAUUAUUGCCCCGGCCACCAGCGGAUCGGGGCUCUGUCGGAGUCAGUCGUUGAAACGCAAUUUCUUCAGAUUCUUCCAGGAUCUGAUGUCACGAUCUUAGAACCCUUGGUCUGUCUAGUCCUAGGGACCAAAUUUCCUUGAUGACCAUAGAAUUACCGCGAGAGGCAUCGAUGUACAACAUCUAAUGACUUUUACGCCUCUCGAAUGAUUGAUUAAGCGUGACGAAUAAUGCCUUUCCUUUCU